AUGGAACCAGACGCUGUGGUUCCGCUCCCAGAACUGAGAAUUGUUCUGCUGGGUUGGAUUCUGUCUGGGAAGAGUUCAACUGGAAACACCAUCUUCAAUAAUGAAAUAUUUCCAAAAGGAAGAACUCAAAACUGCACAUGUCACACUGGUGUAGUGAAUGGCAGAUCAGUAACUGUGUUGGACACUCCAGGCUGGUGGAAGUAUUUCUUCGACCCAGAAUACACACAGGCUGCAAUCUUGGAGAGUGUAGGCCAGUCACGACAUAUGCAGUUCCCUCACGCCAUGAUCUUGGUGGUUCCUAUUGAUACUUCAUUCAAGACUGAACUGAAAAGAAUCAUUAAAGAGUACAUGGUCACUUUUGGAGAAGAUGUCUGGAGACACACCAUAGUUCUGUUCACGUGGGGCGACAGAUUUCCAGACAUCUCAAUCGAGCAGCACAUUGAGAGUGAAGGUGAUGCUCUUCAGUGGCUGAUUCAGAAAUGCAGGAACAGAUAUCAGGUCUUUGACAACACAAACAAGAAUAACCGAGAUCAAGUCACAGAGCUGCUCCAGAAGAUUGAUGAGAUGGUGGCAGAAAACAGUCUGUUCUCCCUCAACCCUCAAUGUGCGGCAGAAGAAAACAUUCAUGACGCUGACACACAACAAGAUGAGGACAUAAGUCUGGAUGCUGACCGUGUGCUGAAGUUACUACAGCAGGAGUUUAACAACAGGUUUAAGGAGAUCAAAAGUCGACUAAAACACUUAGGGAUGGAUUUCACUGAUUGUAUAGAGACUGAAAGUAACCAUAGCAUGUCAGACCCUCCAAACCUCUCAGCUGAUGAGAAACUCACGGAGAAGAUUAGGAGAGAAGUAAGCAGAUGGGAAGUAAUUUUAAUGGAAGCUUUCACGAAAUUAAAGAAUCCUAAAGCAUCAUCUGAUCCACAUGAGAAGGUGUUUUGGUGGCUUCCAAGAUGUGAUAGACACAUCAUUGCUCAAUUUGGAAGAAGCUCCAAUAUUAGCAGUCCAGAAGAUCCAGAGCCCAGUCGUAGAAAAAGACGUAGAAAACAGUUUGCAAAAUGA